AUGAAAUUGGACACUUCCCAUAUGAGGUAUUUAACCUCUGAUGAUUUUAGAGUAUUACAAGCAGUAGAACUAGGCUCGAGAAAUCAUGAAUUGGUACCCACUCAAAUGAUUCAUUCUAUAUCUGGGUUGAAAGCACCAUCAGGUACCCAAAGAGCCAUUGGAGAUCUAGCUAAAUUAAAGCUAGUCGCUCGGUUACGUAAUGCUACAUAUGAUGGAUUCAGGUUGACGUAUAAUGGGUACGAUUAUCUUGCGUUGAAGUCAAUGUUGAAUCGAAAUACAUUGUACUCAGUCGGGUCAACCAUUGGUGUGGGUAAGGAAUCAGACAUCUUUUCUGUUAGUGAUCCUCAAGGUGUACAGAAAGUCUUGAAAAUACACCGUCUCGGUAGGACUUCAUUCAAAACUGUCAAAAACAAUCGUGAUUAUUUAAAGAAUAAACACACAUCAAAUUGGAUGUAUCUAUCUCGAUUAGCAGCAGCAAAGGAGUACCAGUUUAUGCAAAUACUCUACGAUAACGAGUUUAAUGUGCCCCAGCCAUUUGACUAUUCAAGGCACUGCGUGAUGAUGGAAUGGAUCAAAGGAAUACCAAUGAAACAAUUAAACAGUAGCAACAUUGGCAAGUUGGACUAUAAAAAACUAUACUCUGAUCUCAUGUGUUUUAUUGUCAAGCUAGCUAAGGCGGGUUUAAUUCAUUGUGAUUUCAAUGAAUUCAAUAUCAUCAUCAGAGACCCAUCAGAUUCCACCAGCAAGAGUGAUUUUGUCGUUAUUGACUUCCCUCAAUGUGUAUCGAUUGAACAUGUAGAUGCAAAAGUUUACUUUGAUAGAGAUGUACAAGGCAUACGAGAUUUCUUCAAAAAGAAGUUCAAGUACGAUCCUCAACACGAUUCAACCAUGUUUGAUACUGAUGGGUACGGUGACGGGUACAAGUAUGCUUAUCCCAAUUUUAAACGUGAUGUGAUUAGGGAAAAGCUGUUGGAUGUUGAAGUUGAAGCUUCUGGAUAUGCCAAGAAGAAGACUGGUAAAAAGGAAGUUAAAGACUUGGAGAAGGCUGUGAUGGGGAUGAGAAUAACGACAGACGAGAAUGAUGAUUUGUCAGAACUUGAAGAUGAGGAAGAAGAAGAGGAGGAGUAUGAUGAGGAUGAGGAAGAUGACGAGGAAGAGGAUGAUCUUGAAGAGUAUGACGAAGAGGAUUUGAAUAUCAACAGCGAAGACAAUAACCAGGAGGAAGAAAAUGAAAAGAUCAUUGCUGCCAUCUCUGCCGGUGAUAAGAACCUCAAGAUGGAUAAACUAGGCAAUUAUAUACUAGAUGAAUAG